UACCCGAAACCGCUGCGCUGGUUCAACCGAGUUUCGACAUCGUUUUCUAUUCCACGCUGCUCCUCCUCCUCCUGGACCUCCACCGCGGACCCUGUCCCCAUCGUUCCCUCCCCCCGUUGCCUCUCAUGUGGUUUCCCCGGAGAUGCUUCGCUUUCAAUGAUUUCUCUUCCGCUGGAGCCGGCUUCCGGCAUUGACGCCAGUUCGUCUUCAAUUGAUCCGUCUCAGGGCUUAAUCUUGAAGUUAUCAUCUGCAUCUUUUGGGGCCCUUCUUGCCUUGGCGGUUGAAUUCUUGUCUAUUAGUCGCAUCGGCGACCAUGGAAGGAAGGAGAGGGGAAAGAGGGUGUUUGUGGAGUGUGGCGGUGCUCGUGGUGUUGCUUGGUCUGGUUAGACCCUUGAUGGCUCUGAGGCCUCUGAAACAAAGGGAUUUUGUGUCUGAUGGAGAUUGGGGCGAAGAGCAGCUUUUCCUUAAGAGAGAUGACAGCUACAGUCCGUUUUCUCAGUGGAAUAUUACAGGGACAUAUACAGGACACUGGAGCUUUUUAGAUGUAACAAAUGGUUCUUCUAGGUUCCUAGAUUUUGGGAAAUCUAGCGGUGUAUCAGUUCUAGAGUUGGUGACUACUCAAACCAAGAUUCGUGGAGUACACAAUGUUCAGGGAUCCAUUACUUUCCAUGAUGUUUUUGACAAUGAACAUGAUCAUGAAAUUGCUCAAAUGAGACUAGAAGGAGUGUAUAUUUGGCCUUUCCAAAAACUUCGGAUGGUAGCAAACAGUGUUCUGAAUGAUGAGCCACUUCAACAAGAGUAUUUCUCCAAUCCUUAUCAUUUGAUUAGACUUUUCUCCUCCCAAGUUCUUCAAGAAUCAAUUCAAGAUCGACUACCAAGAAAAAAAUCUGUGACUUACGACAUCGAUAAACAUUGCCACAUAGAGAUUGCUGCUCAAGUUUUGCGAGUUCCAUCUAGACAAAAUGAUGGAAAUCAUGAGCUUUACCAUUUAGAGGGGUUAAUGGAGGGUCCAGCAAUCGAUAGCGAUGGAGAGUGCUUUUCCUCAAUCUCGUUGAAUGCAACUUCUUUGAAUACUGAAGCCUAUUACAACAAAGCAGUUAACUAUACAUUGAUGGUCACUUUUAUAUCGUUUCUUCAAGUUCUUCUGUUGAUUAGACAAAUGGAACAUAGCAAUACUCAAUCUGGUGCUGCUAAGGUUUCUAUUCUGAUGAUUGGUCAACAAGCUCUUAUGGAUGCAUAUGUGUGCCUCUUGAAUUUGACUUCUGGAAUUUUAGUAGAGUCCCUAUUCAAUGCUUUUGCAACAGCAGCUUUCUUCAAGUUUGUUGUUUUUUCAAUUUUCGAGAUGAGAUAUCUUCUUUCUAUAUGGAAAGCAAGAAGACCUUUGCAAAAUGGUGAAAGCUGGGAAACUAUGAGGCGCGAAUUAUCUGUUCUGUAUAGCUGUUUCUAUGGGAUUUUGUUAGGUGGUAUCCUGCUAAUAUAUCAUCUACAGAAUUUCUUGCGCUCUGUUAUUUUCAUUAUGUACUCAUUUUGGAUACCCCAGAUAGUGACUAAUGCCAUUUGGGAUACAAGAAAACCCCUGCACCCGUAUUAUAUAAUCGGGAUGUCUGUUAGUCGCCUCGCCAUACCAUUUUACAUAUUUGGCUGUCCAAGCAACUUUUUGCGUAUAGAAGUGGAUAACUAUUGGUGCAUAUAUUUGGGAGUAUUUAUGGGAUUGCAAGUAAUGGUUCUCUUACUUCAGCAUUAUCUUGGAUCCCGAUGGUUCAUUCCUCAUCAGAUGCUUCCUGAAAAGUACUGCUAUUACCGGAAGUUUGAAAGUUAUGCAUCUCAAGCAGCAGAUUGUGUCAUUUGCAUGGCUACCAUUGACUUUUCGGAAAACUCAAAUCGCUAUAUGGUGACACCUUGUGAUCAUUGCUUCCACUCUGAAUGCUUACAGAGAUGGAUGGAUAUUAAGAUGGAAUGCCCGACAUGCAGGCGUGCUCUUUCCCCAGCAUAGAUCACCGUGACCUUGCUCUUUAUCAUAUGGUUGCUUUGUACAGGCAGUGAACAAGCCAGGUUUCGUUGUUCUAAACAUUAGACCGGAAAAUUUCACUAUUGCUUGAAAGAAAACAGCUUGUAACUCUCAAGUCUUGAAUUAUAUUGCAGACUGACUCUUUCUUAAUGUACUAUAAUUUCACACGUCACACCAAAA